AUGGCAUGGAGAGUAGACAAUAUCACAACUGUUGAUAAUAAACCAACUUCAGCUACCAAUGACACUGCUGCUAGUUCAAGUUCACCAUUUGCAACUCCUAACGAUAAUAAGGGUAAUUGA